UCUCACUCUAUGUAGUUGCCAUUCAAAAAAAUUUAAUUACGCUAUGUGGAGGUUAGAAACUGUUUACUUGUCAAAAUCUGAGUGUCGGGGGGAAAAAACGUAGACAAAACAUGAAAGAGAUCUGAAAAGAGGAGUAAUAAGACUCCCUUGCUAAAAUCAUGUUUUUCCCGGUAGGAUGGCCGCGAGUUCUGAAUUUUAGCGAGGCGAAUAAAAUAAACGCUGUAGUAUGCAACAGAGACAAAAUCCUAUUUGCUGUUCUUACAACGGAUGCUCUCACCAUCUGGUAUUGCAAGCCUUGUGUGCCAAUUGUAUUUAGCAGACGAUCUGCAGUUUCAUUGCAAAAGCACGGUGAGAAUGUUUUGGUACAAUGGAGACCCGACUCGAGUAUGCUGGUUAUUGCAACAUCGGACAGUUAUCUGUUGUUUUAUCAGCUCUCGGAUAACAGUCCAGAAGGCCGAGGACUCUAUGAACAACGAGAUUCACCAGUUACCAGCUUGAAACGAGAUAGUGCAGAAUUAUUUAUUAAAGAAGUUAUUCCAUCUCUUGUUUUGACUUUUGAAAAGUCAGCUUGGAUUGAUGGUGGUAUUAGUUCAUUAGUUUGUAUACGAGAUGAGCUUAUGGUAGCGACUAAAACUAGUCAUGUGGUGCGCCACAAGUGGGAUGGCACCAUGAAUCGCGACUAUUCUUUGGACUUGAGACGUAUACCGUUCAGUAUUGAUCAACAAAUUUCUACUGUAGCUGUGCCACUCACAGAAGACAAUAUUUAUGUUACUGAUAUCGAAUAUUCACCUCUUGUUGGAGGUUUUGCUAUUGUGCUUAACAAUGGCAAAGCCGCAUUUCUUACUGCUCAAUCAUUGAAGUUUGAUCCUAAUCAAGUGCAGGGAAUUUGGGCUCGAGAUUUAGAUGAUGCUACUUGCGCUGCUGUCAAUCACAAAUAUAGACUGAUUGCUAUUGGUAGGCAAAACUCCGAAGGCAUUGUUUAUUACGUCGAUGAUACAACAGGAGGAUUAGAGAUGUCGCAUACUCUUAGCCUAUCUUCUAAAGAUUAUCCAGGUCGACCAGGUAGUGUCAAGUGUCUCAGAUGGACGCCCGAUAGUUGCGCUAUCGCUCUCGCCUGGAAAGGCGGUGGCUUAGCGCUAUGGAGCACCUUCGGUGCUCUCUUGCUCUGCAGCUUAAAAUGGGAUUAUGGCCUACGAGUGGAUUUGACGCAUGAUAAUCCUCUUCACAUCCACACGAUGGAAUGGUCGGCAGAGGGUUAUCAGUUGUGGAUGUUGCGAGAAUCUCCAGGACCUUCGGUUACCGAGGAAAACGGCAACGAAACGUCCAGCUUAAAUCGCUCUCUUAUCCAAUUGGAUUUUGCUAAAAGCCCUCUGACUGUCAACCCGUGCAUGGGACAUCACGGACACCUGUAUCUUCAAGGCGAAGAUAGACUGUAUUUAAAUUUAGGCGCAGGCUUAUCUUCCACGGUUUCGGGUUUUCAUGUGGCUACUGAAAUGCCUAACGACAGCAUGCUUCAGACAUUUGCCGGCUGCAAACAGUGGCUCGUCGUUCCCAUUCCGAUCGCAUACAGUGGUUCCAAUUGGCCAAUUCGAUAUACUGCAAUAGACAGCGAAGGUUUGAGUCUUGCGGUGGCCGGUCGAACAGGAUUGGCGCACUAUUCUCUACCUUCGAGAAAAUGGAAAUUGUUUGGCAAUGAGAGUCAGGAACGAGAUUUUAUAGUAACUGGUGGACUUCUCUGGCAUAAAGGAUAUCUUAUUGCCAGCAGUUAUUCCAGCCUGGACGACAAAGAUGAGAUUAGAAUUUAUCCGCGCGAUACUCGGCUAGAUAAUAAUUAUGUUAAGACCGUUAAAAUGCCCUCGCAAGUGCUUUUGUUGAAUACAAUGAAAGAUAGACUCUUAACGUUUUGCGCUAAUGCUCAGAUUAUUAUUUACAACAUGAAGAUACAACAUUUUACUGAAGCUAGCGGUAUCGAGCUCACAAAAGUACAAACGGUGGAUAUCAGCUGGCUGUGCGUACAUCCCGCCUGCGUGGUCAGUGCAACGUUAACUACGAUACGAGCAGAAACCGCCGGCAGUCAUCCUCAUCCCGAAAGUCUCUUGCUGAACAUUUCUGGACGUCUUCUUAUGGUCCAACGUGAACGCAUCGAUAAUCCAGAAGUUUUCACAUGCAGCGCCCCGACGGUAUUAGCGUCAUACGUCGAGAACGUUUGGGUGCCGUCGCGUUCGAGGAGAGAUAAACCGCACUUAACUGAGGCUUUGUGGUUGUUUUGCGGUGCUCACGGCAUGCGAGUGUGGCUGCCGCUGUUUCGUAACCAUCAAGAGAAGGCUCAUGCUUUCAUGAGCAAACGAAUAAUGUUACCUUUCCACUUGCGGAUUUAUCCACUGGCGAUACUGUUUGAAGACGCGAUUCUAUUGGGAGCUGAAAACGACACUGUGCUGUUCACGUCAGAUACUAACUCGCCCUUUUCAUUGCCUUUUAAUUUGUUGGAACUCACGAGUCAAGUGUAUCUACAUCAGAUCUUACGUCAGUUGAUACAUCGAAACUUGGGCUACCAUGCGUGGGAGAUAGCGCGUUCAUGCUCCGCGUUGCCGUAUUUCCCACAUUCGUUGGAGUUAUUGCUUCACGAAGUCCUCGAAGAAGAAGCAACGAGUAAAGAUCCUAUUCCGGAUGCUCAGUUGCCGUCUGUCGUGGAGUUUAUUCGCGAAUUUCCUGGCGUUUGGGCCAGAGCUGUCGUGCAAUGCGCUCGCAAGACUGAAAUCGCACUUUGGCCGUAUUUAUUUUCCGUCGCUGGCUCUCCAAAAAAAUUGCUGCAAGACUGUUUGCAACGACAAGAGCUCGAUACCGCUGCCAGCUACUUGAUUAUUCUGCAAAACUUAGAGCCGUCUUCGGUCAGCAGACAGCACGCUACGUUGUUAUUGGACGCCGCGUUAGAGCAAGGCAGAUGGGAACUAUCAAGAGAUCUCGUAAGGUUUCUUCGAGCGAUUGAUCCAAAUGAUGUGGAGUCACCACGUACAUCAUGGGCCGGCAGUACGAAACUGGGUGGUCCUCCUCAGACGCCUCCUCUUUCUCCACACGAGGAUGAUUUAUCUUUGGUCUUGGGCACUAUGCAAGUUUCGAGAAGUCGCAGCUACAGUACUACAGUUACACCCAAAGUGCAAUCCGAGAAAGAAGUCGCACCGUCUUCUAUGCUUGAGAAAACUCGAAAUGUUGUUAUGAGGCGAAAAAAAUCAGUUCCAACAGUAAAAUCUAACGAGAAAACUGAGAACAAAGAGGGGUCAGCGGAAGAGUUCUUCAUUGAUGUCAUAUUGCAGCGUCAUGCUCGGCGCUUGCUUUCAGCCCGUCGCUUGAUCGAUUUAGGUAGAUUUGCUGCACGUCUUGACUUUCAUUUAGUAACAUGGUUUGCACGGGAGCGUGAUAGAGCAGCGAAGAUCGAUGAUUAUGUUGGCACUUUGAAAGCGGUUCACGAAGAUUUUGCGUUUCCAUAUCCAACACUUUCGUUACCAACGUUGCAAAAGUUUCGGAGAUCCAGCCUCACUUCUUUACAUUCUGUAAUGUCCGAUGACGAAACCUUGUCGCCGAAUUUGAUUAUCGAUCUACCUGACAGCGGAUAUACUAGUCUUCCAAGUGGUAGGCCUCCGUAUACGACUCUGAUCUCACCUGUCGCUAGUUUAGAGACACAGUUUCCAACUGCGGAAGCCAAAUUAGCACCGAAUCUAAUAAAUGAUGCCAACAGUGUUCUUAGUGAUACUAGUACAAUUUGGAGGGAUGACACAGAAUCCAUUGUUGGCUCUGUAUGUUGGGUUUCGCCGGAAUCGGUAGGAUCUACAGAACAUCCAGUUUCCUCAAUCUCUGCGCCAAUCGGCCGAGCGGAAGUACAAUUGAGGUAUUUAUUGCAACUGUUUCUUGAAGGCAGCUGUCUAGGUUGGGCUGCAGUAGUCGCUACCGUUUUACGAGAUGCAGCUGCUAUGGCUAGAACUGUUAGAACAGCACACGCGCCAAUGCAAACUUUUGAUUCUAUAAUCAAUCUAAGAGAUGGAUUGCUUUCACUGACCAAAUGGUCUCAUUCGGAAUGUUUGGGAUACCGUCCUUUUAUGUCUAAUAUUCAAGGUCAGAUAUCCCUUUUGAACAGACUAGUGAUAACCAAGCAACAGCAAGAACAAGAACAAAUACCGGAAAGCUCUUCUCCCAGUCCGGCACCGUCAGCUGGAAGUAAUCAACGUGGUACCCUUUCUCGUUCGCGGCAUUCGUCGAUUAGUCACAAUUCCAACACAGUUCAGCUCGAAGAGGAGCGUUUGCCCGAAUCACCUUUGAUCGUGGAGGAAUCUGUUUUUCACGGAAGUUACAAUAAUAAUCUCAACGUCACUGAGGACGUCAACUCGCAGCAAAGCACCUGCGCGAUCUCUUAAAAAACGCUUUAAAAAGCUCCAAAAAACUAUAGCUGUUCCAUUUCUCGCUGUGGAUUUUACAUACCAAAAAACCUUUUCAUCUAGAUACUCUUUUACUAAGUUUUAUAUGUAUGAAAAAGAGUUUAAUUAUAUAAUGAUUCAAAUGUAGAAUUUCGUUUCACUUAUAUAUUUGCAUUUGUUUGCAAAAGAUUUAAAUUUAGCAUUUAUUUCAACAGUUCUUGAUUGCGUUUCACAACUAUUAAGGAUAAGAACAAUAACAUAAUGAAAAAAUAAUAUCAACAAUCUUCCUCGUAAUUUGUGUUUUAGAAAAAAGCAGUGAAAAAUUUUAAAAAUGUCUUGAAAUUUGUAAAUAAUAAGAUUUUUCGAAACUUUUAUUAUUAAAUUUUUUCAGAAAUCUUGAACUGUACAGAUGAAACAUGUAUAAAGAUGAAAAACAGCAUGUCAGAUGUAUAUUAAACAGUUCUGAUUUUACUGUUAGAAAAUAUGCGUUUGCGAAAUUAAGAACUCGGAUGCGCGAUAAAUUACAUUAUGAUAUCAAAAUUAUUUUAUUGUUGUGCGUAAAAAAAGCGCAUAACGUAUACAUAAGCUCAGUUAUUAAUUGUAAGCAAUAGUAAACAGCAAUAUAACAAAAGACCAAUUAAUAAAACCAGUAAUUAAAAAAAAACUUUAAAUCAAAAUUGGCUCAUCUUAAGAAAGGUCUGAUAUAAUAAUAAUAAUAAUAACAACAACAACAACAACAAUACUAAUAAUAAUAAUAAUAAUAUGUAAUAU